CCUUGCGACGACGAGGGAUCCCGGGAGAAGGCCGCAGACGGCGCGGGACUGCGAAGGAAGCUUCUUUCUGGGCAGCCGGAGCCGCCGAGGUGGAGCCGCGUUGGCGCCCCACCCGGGACCGGCGCCUCGGAUGCGGGCGGAGCGCGGGGGUCCGCGGCGGCGGGAGCGCGACGCGCGGGGCCCGGGGGGCCUCAUGUGAGAGCCGUGGGAGCAGCCGGCGACCCCGGAGCCCGGGGUGCUGUGUGCGGGAAGCCGCCUCCGGCCGCAGGAUGAAACGAGGAGGAAGAGAUCAUGACGAUAAUUCAUCAGAAGAAGGUACUACAGAGAAAUCCAAGAAACUGAGGACUACAAAUGAGCAUUCUCCAACUUGUGAUUGGGGUAACCUCCUUCAGGACAUUGUUCUUCAAGUAUUUAAGUAUUUGCCUCUUCUUGACCGGGCUCAUGCUUCACAAGUUUGCCGCAGCUGGAACCAGGUAUUUCACAUGCCUGACUUGUGGAGAUGUUUUGAAUUUGAACUGAAUCAGCCAGCUACGUCUUAUUUGAAAGCUACACAUCCAGAGCUGAUCAAACAGAUUAUUAAAAGACAUUCAAAUCAUCUACAGUAUGUCAGCUUCAAGGUGGACAGCAGCAAAGAGUCAGCUGAAGCAGCUUGUGAUAUAUUAUCACAACUUGUGAAUUGCUCUUUAAAAACACUUGGACUUAUUUCAACUGCUCGGCCAAGCUUUAUGGAUUUACCAAAGUCUCACUUUAUCUCUGCACUGACGGUUGUGUUUGUAAACUCCAAAUCCUUGUCCUCACUUAAGAUAGAUGAUACCCCAGUAGAUGAUCCAUCCCUCAAAGUACUAGUGGCCAACAACAGUGAUACGCUCAAGCUGCUAAAAAUGAGCAGUUGUCCUCACGUCUCUCCAGCAGGUAUCCUUUGUGUGGCUGAUCAAUGUCAUGGCUUACGUGAAUUGGCCUUGAAUUACCACUUGUUAAGUGAUGAAUUGCUGCUUGCUUUAUCUUCUGAAAAACACGUUCGAUUAGAACAUUUGCGUAUUGAUGUAGUCAGUGAGAAUCCUGGACAGACACACUUUCAUACUAUUCAGAAGAGCAGCUGGGAUGCUUUCAUCAGACAUUCACCCAAAGUGAACUUAGUGAUGUAUUUUUUUUUAUAUGAAGAGGAAUUUGAUCCAUUUUUUCGGUAUGAAAUACCUGCUACCCAUCUUUACUUUGGGAGAUCAGUAAGCAAAGAUGUGCUUGGCCGAGUGGGAAUGACAUGCCCUAGACUAGUUGAACUAGUAGUGUGUGCAAAUGGAUUACGGCCACUUGAUGAAGAGCUAAUUCGCAUUGCAGAACGUUGCAAAAAUCUGUCAGCUAUUGGACUGGGGGAAUGCGAAGUCUCGUGUAGUGCCUUUGUUGAGUUUGUGAAGAUGUGUGGUGGCCGCCUGUCUCAAUUAUCCAUUAUGGAAGAAGUAUUAAUUCCUGACCAAAAGUAUAGUCUGGAGCAGAUUCAUUGGGAAGUGUCCAAGCAUCUUGGUAGGGUGUGGUUUCCAGACAUGAUGCCCACUUGGUAAAGACUGAAUGAUGUAGGGCAUGAUGAAUAGCACCUUAACUUUAAGCAUAUUGUAUUAUAAUAAAAGUUUUAUUUCUUGUAGUUCUACUAUUUUUGUGGCAUGGAAAUUUGAUAUCUGCAUUGAGUAUAUAAGGACGGUUUAUUGGAGGACCCACGGACCAGUUUUGGUCAGAAAACAUCUGUCUCUUUAGCCUAACAGCAGUCAAAUGUCAGAAAAGUUUUUUAAAAAUGUGGUUCAGAUCUGAAAGUAAUAACCAGUUAUAAAGAUUAAAAUGUUACAGUCUGAAGGAAGCAAAACAUAUAAUAUCCAAGAAGUGAGUACUAAUAGAUUUUCCAAAAUGUUAUGUUCUCUAUGCAUUUUUUUAAAAAUGAAACUUGACAUUUUAGGGUCUUCAGUUAUACUUACACCUGUUAUAAGGUGUUUAAUAUAGCUCAGGAAAGUGAGCAUUUUGUGAGAAAAAUGUAGGAUAUAUUGUAUCUAAUGAAAGAGAUUGGUUGAAUGUUCUCAAAUGUUACAGAGCUAUUUAAAGAGGUAUAUAUAGAUAAUUGGAAUACUUAGAAAACUGAUGUCACACAGUUGUUAGCACAGAAGGAUAAUAAACAGAACCAAGAUCAAAUUAAAAGAAAAUAAGUGGAAUAGAAGGGAGGCAGUGUUUAGCUUUGUAUAAAUUUGUUUCCUCUAUAAUCUGCCAAACCAUAUAAUUCUUUUCUGUGAUAUGUUACUAUGUAUAUGGCACUUGAGGCAUCAUAUGUAAAGUAAGGAAUGCUUUACCAGUUCUCCUUGGUUUUGUUUAUCUUUGUUUAAACUAGUUUUGAAGUGUUAUAUAACAAUUGAAAUGAUAAGCUUAUCUAUUUUAAAAAGCCAAAUUGAAAUAAUUAAAGGUAGAAUUUUAAAAUGUUGAUAAAUUGUUUCCAUGAAAGAAUAUUAGUCUCCACUGAAUUUUAGUGGUGGCUCAUUUUUCCAUUUUGGUAUUAUAUAGUAAUGUAAGUAGAAUUUUCAAAAAUCAUAAAAGCACCAAUGUACAGUUCAGCAUAAAGAGUAAAUUUAAAAGAUAUAUUUAAAUUCAUAAUCAUAUUUUUGAGUAAGUAUUGCUCAGUGAACUGGAAAGUUUUAAUAGAAAAAUGUCUGCAAUUUUGUGAUUGUUAAUUUGGUUAAAGUGCUAUUUUAUAUUAUUUAAGUUAGGUAGCAUUUUUAUUACUUUCAUAUGAAUAAAGGUAAUUCAUAUAUUGUAGAAUCUGUAAAAAUAUUAAGUUUUGGGCUACACUGAGUUUUAGAUAUUAUAUAAACUUUGAUUCUGAGCACUAGUGCUAGUAGAUAUCACCCCCCAAGGGGAAUUAGAAGUGAUUUGCCCCCAAUGGAAUAUAUUAAUACUUGAGACUUGGAGAAAGCAUUUCCGUAGUUAUGGAAGCUAAUAGUUUUACAGAUUGAAUCUAUUUUUAAAAUAGAUUACCUUCCUAAGAAUAAAGUAAAAGGUGAUUUUCUACAUAAUUUAUGCUUUUCAAAAGUGAUGGUAUUCUGGCCACAUAAAAAUGAGAUGAGGAAAGGCUGAUCCAGACUUAGAAAUGAAAAGCAAUUAUUGUAAUCUUUUCCCCUCUUACUAAAUAGUAAAAAGCUUUGAUUGUACAAGAAAUACUGUGUUAGUGGAUAAAGUUAUUUUUCCUUGAAUAACUUUGGAAAAUGGAUUUGGCAGUACAUAAUCAGUUCUACUAACCAAAGCUUUAUUUGGAAAUUUACUUUUUGUACAAAUUGAAUUAUAUAAUGCUUGAAAUACUUUGUUACUUUAUAAGCAAAAUGCAUAGCACUUGAUUUGUUUAUACUGUAAAGUAUGUUAAAUGCUUUUAUCAGUUUCAGAAUAAAGAUAGUUAUUAAUGCUGUUGUUAGUACAAUUCUUCAGAACUACACUCACAUAUAUACUUACUUGAUUUUAAAACAAGUUAAAUUUACACAUUUAUAGUUUUAGUUUCAGAUACAUAUUUGAUGGAUAUAAUGCUUAACAUUAAAUAAUGUUUUUGGUAGAGUAACUUUUUUGAAGAUACAAGAUUAAGCAAAUGGACUCUAUUCUUGAAAUAAGCUCUGAUGUCUGAAGUGACAGUAAAUUAAAAAUGGACCAUGAAAUGUAAAUUUAUUUUUCAAAUUUUAUAAAUAAAAUGGUUAAAUUAAAAAUAAGGAAUAGGGUCUUCCUGCAUUUAGAAUAAGAAUUUAUAAAACAGAUUAUUUAAAAAAGAAUUCUUAGGGUCCUUGAACUCAGCCAGCCUUUUUAGAGAGAAUGUCUAUAUAAAUCCAUGCAAUAAGAAUAGUUUUUAAACUACUGAAAUUACUUUCAUCUCCUGUCUGUCUUAGCUUCCAGAAAAGAACUUUAAUUUACCUUGAUAUUCUGGACUAUUUUAACAAUAUUAUCAGAAAAAACAGGCAUGAUUGAAGAUUAAAUCAAUUUACUGCAUUCACAGAAUUUUUUCUAUUUACAGAAAAGCUUAGGCUAGAAGGGAGGGUUGGUGUGAAGAAGGCUCAGGCUGAACUAAGUCCUUUAAGACGCUGUAAGCAAUGUCUACCCUGUACACGGCUGGACAGUCUUUGCACAGGCUCCAGCCCCCUUUAUCUGUGGGGCUGGCUGUAACGUUACCAAGCAGCCGGAAGAGUUUUCCCUGCUCACUGACACCCAACUUUCCUUUCAAAAGGGGCAUAUCAUGAGAUAACAUCAUAAAAGGACACAAAGCCUGGUAUAAGAGCUUAUUCUUAGAAUAAUCAGUCCAGUAAAAGAAUAUAUGUUUAAUAGCCUAUCUUGAUUUAAAUAGGGGAGAGAAAAUAACGGAAAGGAACGUUUGAGGAGCAGGAAGCUGCUUGGAAAACAAAGGGUAAAUAAAUAUGAGAAAGAUGCUGGAAACAAACUGGCCAGCCCAUUUGCCUUUGGCUGUGAAUAGGGUAAAGCAUCUGUGUGGUUUAUGAAGCAUUACCCUUUGUAUAACAUGCCAGUAAUUUCUUGAAAAAAAAAAUAAAGUCAUCUUCUUAAAGGAA